GAUUUUUUUUUUUUCAACUGAAUUCAAAUCGUGUCUCUGAAUUGACUAGACAACAAACAAAGUUAAUCUAACUUAUUUUUUUAGAUUCGAAGAAAAACCAAUGCUCUGGAACAGCAUAAUAACCUCAGCCACGACAGUCUUCAAAACUCAAGAAGGCUUGGAUAUGGUGUCCGAACUCUACUUGGAAAGGCAAACCGAAUUUGGAAAUGCCGAUUUUGUAAUCGAAAAAGCUUUAAAAAACAUUAAAGAAGAAACGAAAUGGAGUAACGAAAAUUUACCCGUGAUCGAAAAAUGGUUGGAUAAUUAUUUGAAGGAGAAUCAAGCGAAAAUUGAUGAAUAG